GCGUCGGUCGUGUCUUGUGUCCUCGCGCCCCCUGGCGGCCGCGCGCGCGCGUUGUUUGGCGUGGGAAGUGCCACCGUGUCCAAAGUGAGCGCGGACGCGCCUGGAGUCUGGAGACGUCUUGUUUACAGUGGUGGUGCCAGGCCCCGCGGACUCCUGCGGCCAAGCAGCGUGCGCGACGCGUUCCUUUCCCUUUUUUCUGCUUUAUUGCUCACCUCCAUUCUCUCGUUACAAGGGUCACUGUAUGCAACCAAUCUGGAUCGAGGCGGCGGCAACAGGAAGAAGAAGAUAGAGGAAUUCUCUAGGUCUUCUCGGGAGAAAAUCGUCCAGUCGAAGAACAAAAUGUUCUCCAAAUUCACGUCGAUUCUCCAGCACGCCGUGGAAGCGCUCGCCCCGUCGCUGCCCUUGCAGGAGGACUUUGUCUAUCACUGGAAGGCCAUCACGCAUUACUACAUCGAGACUUCAGAUGACAAAGCACCAGUCACAGACACCAACAUCCCAUCCCACCUGGAACAGAUGCUGGACAUCCUGACCCAGGAGGAAGGGGAGAGGGACUCUGGAGAGACGGGUCCCUGCAUGGAGUAUCUCCUACACCACAAGAUCCUGGAGACUCUCUACACCUUGGGCAAGGCCGAUUGUCCCCCGGGCAUGAAGCAGCAGGUGCUCACUUUCUACACAAAGUUGCUAGCACACAUUCGACAGCCUCUCCUGCCACACAUUAAUGUCCACAGACCUGUACAGAAACUGGUCCGUCUUUGUGGGGAUGUGCUCGCUGCUCCUACGGAAAAUGAGGAGAUCCAGUUCCUUUGUAUAGUCUGUGCCAAACUGAAGCAGGACCCAUACCUUGUCAACUUCUUCCUCGAGAACAAGUCAAAGAGACCUGAGACAAAGAGUCCUGAAAGAACAGAGAGGGUGAAGGCUCCGGACACUGGUCAGUCUCCAGCAGAGGAACAGGCUGGCUGCCCAAAGGAGCCACAGGCUACUGCUGCCGCCUCCACCUCUAGUCCGACCAGCAACAAUAAUAACAGCAACAAUUACAAUCUCGUCACCUCUCUACUCAACCUCACAAAGAGCCCUGAUGGCAGGAUAGUGGUGAAGGCGUGUGAGGGCCUAAUGCUGCUCGUCAGUUUACCAGAGCCUUCGGCUGCCAAGUGUUUGACUGAAAACACUGAGCUCUGUGAGCUUCUGACUGACAGACUGGUCUCCUUCUAUAAAGCCCUGCCACAGUCCAUGGACCCCUUGGACAUUGAGACAGUGGAGUCAGUCAACUGGGGUCUGGAUGUUUAUAACCUGAAGGAGGACGCUGCCAUCUUCACAGGGAAGAGGCCUCUCAUCUCCUUCCUGUCUUGGCUUGAUUACUGUGACCAGCUCAUCAAGGAGGCUCACAAGUCUGCAGCCACAGUGAUGGCAAAGGCAGUGAGGGAAAGAUUCUUUGUGUCUGUGAUGGAACCGCAGCUCAUGCAGACGUCCGAAGUGGGUAUCCUGACCUCCACAGCCCUGCUGAACAGGAUCAUCAGGCAGGUGACGUCCGAGGCUCUGAUGCAGGAGAUGGUUUACUUCCUGCUUGGGGAGGAGAGAGAGCCAGAGACUCCAGCGACAGUCGCUCAGAAUCCGCUCAGACACCGACUCAUUGAGCACUGUGACCACCUAUCAGACGAGAUCAGCAUCAUGACGCUGCGGCUGUUUGAGCAGCUGAUCCAGAAGCCCAACCAGCACAUCCUCCACAGCUUGGUGCUGCGGAGCCUGGAGGAAAGGAACUACCUGGAGAACAAGCCGCAGGAAGAGCGGGAGCCCCUGGAGAACGGCCAGCCCCACGAUGCCGUAGACCUUGAAGAGGAUCCGCUGUUUGUCGACGACCUCUCUCCAGACAGCAGGCUGUCUGGUUCCGACUGGCUCGGCUCCUCUCCACGACAGAGUCCCGAUCACACCAAGUCUGACGGGAAGACCGAGGUCCACAAGAUAGUUAACAGCUUCUUGUGUUUGGUGCCUGAUGAGGCCAAGUCAUCGUAUCAGGUUGAAGGCACCGGCUACGACACCUACCUCAGAGACGCACACCGACAGUUCAGGGACUUCUGUGGGGUCUGCCAGCGUUGGGACUGGAGGGGACACCCAAAGCCUUUUGAGAAGUGCAACCUGGACGCCCCCUUCUUCGAGGGACACUUCCUCAAGGUUCUCUUCGACCGAAUGGGUCGCAUCCUAGACCAGCCCUACGACGUGAACCUGCAGGUGACCGCGGUGCUGUCCAAGCUGUGUUUGUUACCACACCCCCACCUGCACGAGUACCAGCUGGACCCUUACAUCAGCCUGGCCCCGGGCUGCAGGUCUCUGUUCUCCGUCAUCGUCAGGGUGGUGGGAGAUCUCAUGUUGAGGAUUCAUCACAUCCCCGACUUCACACCCAAACUGCUGCUUGUGAGGAAGAGAUUAUUAGGGCUGGAGCCAGAGGGCAUCACUAUCGACCACAUGACUCUGCUGGAGGGGGUGAUUGUGCUGGAGGAGUUCUGCAAAGAGCUGGCAGCCAUCGCCUUCGUCAAAUACCAUGCGGCAGCCGCCUCCUCCUCACCGUAAUCAUUCCUGCUGCUCAUCCAUCUGCCUCGGCCGGGCCGACGGGUCAGGAUAAAAACCUGGCUGUCGGGGGUUUGCUGGUACCGGUGGCACAGGGUCGGCAAAACAAUACCACUAACUGCUCCACCCUGCAAGACUGCUAAAGAAACCACACGGACAGGUUUCAUCACUCCCCCUCUUCUGUCUUCUGGCCUCUCGGGCUCUACCAUGAGAAGCCUUUGUUCUUGUUUUUGAGCAGGUCAGAGCACGGACACUGCCCCGCUAGCAGAGGAAGAACAAGAGGAGGAGGAGGAUAGAGGCUGAGGUGCAGAGAGAAGAUGUUCACUGGACUCUUUUCAGCCUCUGUGUCUUCUAUCCUGACUCCCCGCCCCACCCCCACCAUCUUUCUCUCUCACCAGCCAAAAGAUGAUAGCCCUGUAAUUAGGGGGGAAGAUGUUGUGUAUUUAUUUUCUGUCCCGUUGUCGACCAUUUGUAAACGUCAAAUGCCUUAGUGUGUUGUCACACCUUUCAGUUACAGAAAACCGUUUCCUUCUGAAACUUCUUUUUUUAUCUCAGCACUCUCACAUGUCUGUUUGAAGACAAGAGGCUGUAGAAAAAAUGUCCCAGCUACUCUUCAACCCUUGUGUGUGUGUGUGUGCGCGCGUGUAGUUACAAAAAUACUGAACUGCAGUAUUUAUGAUACUGCAGUUCAGUACUUUAGUUCAUGUUUUAAUGCCAAGUCAACUUAUUUAUUUGUUUGCUUUCAGGUUGCCUUUUUAAUUAAUCGCUUGUGCUGUCGAAGCUCAUCUGUAACCACCAUCGCCCAAAGACGUCACCCUCCAUCUCAUGUCGUUCAGUGAAAUGGUGAACUUUCGCAAAGUUAUGUGAAUUUGCACACGAAUCUCAUUGCAUUGCGUUGCACGUGUUACGUUGUUCCAGUUCGCUCAUGCUUUGUUUCGGUCGUUUGCUUUUGUGGAAAGAAACAACGCGUUUUUGAUCGUUCAGUAGUUUUUCUUCUGAAAUCUCAUUCACCAGACCGAUUGUUGCAUUUCUCUCUCACACACACACCAGUGUUUGAUUUACUGAAGAGAUAAUCUAUCAAUAUUUAGUUUACUCUAGUUAAUGGGAGGGCGCAGAGGAACAAACCUCUGGGACAUGACGCAGCUUACAGCAGUGGUUCCUGAAUCAGAUUAAAUUAUUUAGUAAUUUACAGAAAAAAAUAAGAUAAGAAGAAAGUCAGACGAAGAGAAAAGCCACUGGCUGCAGUAUCCUCAGAGUUCUGUGUUCCUCCUAUGCAGUGUUGCGUUUACUUCAGUGUUACUUUUUUCAUGCUGAAUUUGAAUGACGGCGGAACGUACUCAGUUCUGCGUGUUGAUCUAACGGGUCGUCUGGUCGUACGUUUGUCUGGGUCUCUGGAUGGCGUCGGUAACUUUAAAUCAAAGUCAGAGAUUUUAAUCCUUCUAAAUUAAGAUGCUACUUAAAUCAACUUUGAUAAUUGUCUUAUGUUCGCAGUGUGAAUGUAUCUGUGAUUGGUGGGUGGGUUUGGCUUGUUUAGGUGUGCGUGAGUUGUUGUUGCCGUGGAGACUGGGCAGAGUUGUUCAUUGAGUCUUUGGUCUUGAGCCUUGGUUCUUUUCUUUUUUUUUUUCACCCUCUCAGUUCUUGUCCCACACUUGUCCUCACAUCACUCAAGCACCUAAGCUACAUUAUGCAACAGCUUGCAUGGAAUCAGAUUUGCACAUUGUCUUUCUUCAUCCUUUGUUGAUUAUGUAAAUUUACACAACAAAAGCUUUUUCCUUUUUUUUUUUCAAGUUUUCUUUCAUAAACCAAAAAAACUAACAAAAAACUAGGUUGUACCAGGAGUAACAUUUCUAUUUUAAUGGAAAACCUUUUUUGGAAAAUAUCAAUCAUGCACAUUUUUUUUAAAUCAACUAUCUUUCAGACCUUUUCUGUACAGUUGUAUAUUGUAUGUGUACAAUAGCAAUGGAGAUAUAUUACCUGGUGUAAAAUGCAUGCGUAUACAUAAUUUUUUUCUUUGUUGAAAGAAAGAAAAGAGGAAGAGCAGUCGUCUGAGGCUUUGAGCCGUCGGCACUUUGUUCUGACGGGUUGAUCUGAUGCCUUACUUCACUCUGUGGAUCUCUGAGGGGUUUUCUGCUGCGCUGCAGUUUGUUAUGAUCUUAUUGUGCUUCUAUCGCUUUGUUGAUUUGGUUUGUGAAGAUGUACAGGAUUGUCAGUAUAGUCAAAAAUCUGAUUUGCCAACUGAUUUUCUUCUCUCACUGUCCACUCAGACCAGCCACUGUAUCGUGUUGCUGCAUUUCAUCACGUUCAUCGCUGCUUUCCCCUAGGCGUUAAACUGGACGAGUCUCGUCAGGCUUUUUCUCGACCUCACGGCCAGUUUGAUAAUGUGCAAUGCAUAAGUGAAAUGCUAAGAUAAGGUGCAUGCUCUCCCCCUCUCUCCUUCCAGUCCUUCACACAGAAACCAGAAACCAUCACUGCACUGUUCAUUUAUUCCUCAUCAGCUGUCUUCAGUUCAUCACUGCUGUUAUACAUUGACUUAGGUUUCAUUCAGGACAAUGUGGUUUGUUUAACAUACUCCGUCCUAAUAAAAAAAAAAAGAUAAAGGUC